AUGGAAUACCUCCAGAAAUGCUUUUACAAAUCCACGAAUUGGAAUGAGGAUAACAUUUUUUCUAAUAUAACGGCUACUUCACAAGCAUUAUUGGAGUUUCCCAUUCCAAAUGGGUGUAAAGUAGAUUUAUCUUCGAAAGCCACUGAACAUCUGGCUUCAAGUUUCACGUUAUCAAAUUACCAUUCAAUAAAUGGAUCUUUGGCAUAUCUAUAUUCUUCAAUUCCUUUGCGGAAUACAAUGGGCACUAAAGAUAUUUCAUUACAGGAUGCUAUUUCUGGAUUCAAAAUGCUUGAACUUAACCCAUCAACUACAAAUGCAUUACAGAAUCCCGUAUACAAGAAUACACAUGAUUCAUUACUAUACGGGAGAAUGUACUUUCCAGGUUCAGCUUUAGAGGCUAUGAUUAUUAAGAGAAUCUCAGCACAAACACAAUUGUUGAUCAAAUGUAUCAAUAAUCCUCAUUUAGAUAAGAAUGGGACAAUGAUUGUUUAUUUACAGAAAAAUACACCAAAGUUACUGAGAGAAUUUAUAUAUUCUACUAAUGAAGCGCUAUUUGGAUUCCGAUGCUUAUAUAACUUUGGAAGUCUGGAAUCCAGUUCUAACAAGUCAAAUAGCUCGAAUCUAAUUCCAAAGUUUGAUAAUUCAGUUAUAUCCAUAGGCACAGAAAUAUGGUACGCCGCAUUGAGUAUGAGUCCAGGGUUGUCCACAGCAUUCAGAUAUUCGACUAGAUCUACUUCCACCGGAAAACCUUUGACUAUGACAUUGGCUUGUAACCCAAUUUUGGGGCAUAUAUCCUCCGCCUACACCGUUAAAACAUCAGUGGCCUCUACAUUUUGUUCAAAAUAUGAUUUUAACGUGUUUUCAUACGCCAGUAAUCUUUCCUUGGGGUUUGAAAUAUAUAACUAUUCCAGCAACAAUACACCUAAUACUGCAACAGCUCCACCGCGCAUCAAUAAUAACGAUCCACAAUUUUUGGGUAGCAACAACUCUGAUACUAAGGGAAAUGUGCAUAUACGAUCGCCUGAUGUAUUAAACUACAAGAAUCAUUCUAGUAACAAACAAAAUGUUAUUAUAAGUCCAAUUCAAGCCCUCGAUAACUAUUAUCAUAUUAAUCCUACAUUACUACCUUCAACCAAAAGCGAAGUUGACGACGUAGGGAAACCACUCGAAAGUCAAGAAGAUUCGAACAAUGAAACUGCAAUGGCAGCAUUUGAAAAUCUUGUUAAUGAAUCUGACUUCUCGAGCGUAGUCAAAUUAUCUACUAGUCUAAACGAUAAAAUGUUAAAACUCUUAUGGAAGGGUAGAUGCAAAGACUUUUUGGUUACAACUGGAGUUAAAAUGGUCUUAAAUCCAGUCACUAAUACACCAGAGUUUAACAGAUUUGGAAUAAGCUUCUCGUACGCUUGUUGA